CAUCAGGUUCUCUUUCAGUGGAUCACACACCUGGAUCCACUCCGGCCACAUGCAGAACAAAGACUGAACUAAACACAGGAACAACAGAGACUGGUGAAACCCUGAAUCCCAGUAGGCCCAGUAUGAACCCAUCUUCAUGAUGAGCUCCUAGGAAGGAGGCGUUGUCUCUGAAAGCAGCCAAAGACCUGAACUGUGACGUUCAGGAAGUAGCAGAUAAAAAAGCUUAAAGUAGGAAGUGUUCAGAGUUUGGAGCCACAUCCUGAUCACAUCAAGAGACGAAGCUUCACUCCACAUCCAGAGGAAACAUGGACCAAACAGCUCUGAUGCUGCUUCUGUGUCUCUGCAGCUCAGCGCUGUCUGAUGAACUCAGACUGGUAGCAGGAAGGAGUCGCUGUGUUGGCAGACUGGAGAAGAAGGAUCUGGGAGACUGGAAACCAGUGACAUAUUGGAACUGGAACUAUAACUUUACAUCAGCAGCUGGAGCUUGCAGACAGCUCCACUGUGGAUCUGUGGUGUCGUUACAAAAAGAUAAAGACGGCAAUGUAGAGAUCGUCUGUUCAGACUCAGUCAGGCUGGUUCAAGGGACCAACCGGUGCUCAGGCAGACUGGAGGUGAAGACCAACCAGUCGUGGUCCUCAGUGUGUGAAAAAGACUUUGACCUGCAGGAUGCAGAGGUGGUCUGCAGGGAGAUUGGCUGUGGGCCUCCUUCAGUCCACCAGGGGGCGCUCUAUGGAGAAGCAGAGGCUCCAGUGGGGAGCAGAGAGUUCCAGUGUGAAGGCAGUGAGUCUGCUCUGCUGAAGUGCAGCAGCAGGAAGAGUUCAGGUAGAAACAGCUGCUCACCUGGUCAAGCUGUUGGACUCACCUGUUCAGAUAAAGACAACAUCAGGUUGGUGGGAGAGGCCAGCCGAUGUGCCGGGAGACUGGAGAUGUUACAUCAAGAAGAGUGGAGACCAGUGGAUGUUCGGGAUGGUUACUGGGACAUGAACUCAGCUGCUGCAGUUUGUGCUGGACUGGACUGUGGUUCUGCUGUUUCAGCAAGAAAUUCAAAGGCAGCUUCAGAGAGACCAGUUUGGUGGAUCUGGUCUGACUGUUUCCAGUCAAGAUCUUCAUUAAAGAAAUGUUUACCUCAUGGUAGACACAGUGAUCAGAGCCAUGAGAUCAUCUGCUCAGACUCAGUCAGGCUGGUUCAAGGGACCAACCGGUGCUCAGGCAGACUGGAGGUGAAGACCGACCAGUCGUGGUCCUCAGUGUGUGAAAAAGACUUUGACCUGCAGGAUGCAGAGGUGGUCUGCAGGGAGAUUGGCUGUGGGCCUCCUUCAGUCCACCAGGGGGCGCUCUAUGGAGAAGCAGAGGCUCCAGUGGGGAGCAGAGAGUUCCAGUGUGAAGGCAGUGAGUCUGCUCUGCUGAAGUGCAGCAGCAGGAAGAGUUCAGGUAGAAACAGCUGCUCACCUGGUCAAGCUGUUGGACUCACCUGUUCAGAUCGAGACAACAUCAGGUUUUUGGGAGAGGCCAGCCGAUGUGCCGGGAGACUGGAGAUGUUACAUCAAGAAGAGUGGAGACCAGUGGAUGUUUAUUCUAGUUACUGGGACACGAACUCAGUUGCUGCAGUUUGUGCUGGACUGGACUGUGGUUCUGCUGUUUCACUAAGAAAUUCAAAGGCAGCUUCAGAGAGACCAGUUUGGUGGAUCAGCUCUGAAUGUUUCUGGUCAGGAUCUGCAUUAAAGAACUGUUUACCUGAUGAUGAAAACAAUGAUCAGAGGCAUGAGAUCAUCUGCUCAGGUCUGCUGGUUGAGCCGCUCAUCUUCCUCUCUUCCUCCACUGACGGGGUCUCCACAGGCAGAAAGCAGGGGUCUGAGCUCCUCAUUGGCUCAAAUUUCAGCAUCAUGUGCUCCAUCAGACCUCAGUAUGAAGGCGGCUCCUUCCAGCUCAUCUUCAGCACCUCUAACUACACUCAGAACCAGACCCUGCCAGCUGUUGAUCACUCCGCCCUCUUCCUGUUCUCUGCUGCUGGCCACGCCCACCAAGGAACCUACCGCUGCGUUUACCACGUCUACGUUUUCUCCUAUAACUUCUCCUCUAUCAGCCAGCCUCUCAACCUCACUGUCUCAGCCUCUCCCACUGCUUUGAUCAUCAGACUGGUUGUCGUCCUGCUGGGUUUGCUGGGAUCAGUCCUGGUCCUCUACUUUAAGGCCAGGAGAAACCAGAAGUCUGGACCAGAAAACAACCAUCAUGAUGAAGGAUCCAGAGCUGAAGGCAGCUUAGAGGAGGAGACUGCAGUCUGAAGGAACCAGGAGAAAAUGAUCUUCAUUUCACAUCCGCAGGAAGGAGCAGAGACAUGUUUCAGACUCCUGGAAAUCUAUCCGUCUAUGUAUCUAUGAUAAAAUGUCUCUGUGCUCCUGCAGCAGGAAGGAAGUUCAACAUUCAGAAAUUUGUAUCUGGACUAAACCUACUUAAGUUAAACUUAUAUAAGAAGGGAACACAAAACAAAACAUUCAACAAACAAAAUAUAACAGAAAACCCACUUCAUCGAAAUCUGAUCUUCAUCAACCUUGCAAGGAUAACAUAUGAUAGGAUAUUUGAGGUCAAAGGUCAGGUAGCCAAUUCCAUCAGGCCAUGAACCCAGCUUGUGUCCUUGUCUUAGUUGAAUUGUGUGACAAAUGUAAUAUAGUUGAUCCUGGCUUGUAAUACUUUGUCCUGCCUGUAGGUGGUGUAUGUCAUCACUUCCAUGAUAACCCAUCCAAUACAUCCAGUUCCCACAAGUCUGAACCAGAUGUGAUCUGCGCCAUCUUAGUAGGGAAGUGCAUGCCCAAUGCAUAGUGGACCCAUGGCUCCGAGACCAACACAAAGAAAACAUGCCGACCCUCUUGACCAAUGUGUGAGAGAGAUACAUGAACAAAAUGGCUGCCGUCGAGAUCGGCCCAUAUGAGACGGAGAAGGAAAAUUUAUCAAACGAUGUGAACAAGCUGCCUCUGAUCUCCUACUACGAUAAAGUUAACUACGUAGUCAACACAAAGAGUGCAUACGCCGUAAACGAGCUUCACUGCCUGAAAUUCAUGGAUGCAUAUAAUUAGUAUUUCAACAGAUUUUUAAAGGAGAGAAAAUCUCUCUGUGUGAAUAAUGAGGUUCUGGUGACUGGCAGACCAAGUACAUGUAGCAACAAACAUGUAGGCUAUAUGUCUGCUUAGCUUGCAGAUGGGAUGGAACAUUUUAUAGUUACUAUGAUUAUGAGUGAAUCAGUGCAUAACAGUGUUAUGAUUCUUGUGUAAAGCAUGUGCUCAUGGGAAAGUCUUCUGAAGCUGUUUCUCUGAACUCUGUAUUAUUAGAAAGUUGUAGAAUAUUUUCUUCUUUGCAUUCUUAUGACAUCCUUAAAUGUUUAAUAUGCUUUAUGACAGAAAAUGCAUAUGCUUGCAGUCAGUUUUGUAGCUAAAUAGAUUGUUAAACUGUGUGAAUUUAAUGAAUCCUUUCCUAUAAAACAAUAUGCUGUGUUUUGCUCGAGGCUCUUUCUCCUGACUGUGUUCAGUGAGCAGAGACUCCAAAUGCUGUAAAGCCUUCAAAUAAAUAUUGACAAAGAAUUUA